GUCUUGUAAAAUGCUGUUAUAAAGUGGAGUGUGUGAAGUGAGGAUCAGUGUGUGUUGUUUCAGCAGGAGAAGCACUGCUAUAAGGAUGCUCCUCUUCCUCUUCCUCCUCAUGUCUCAACACUCUAUGGUAACAACCAUCAGUGGUUGCCACAGCGACCUGGACAAAGACCACCGGCCUCGUGUGAGCUGUGUGAGUCAGGGUCUCACUGCAGUGCCUGAUGGAAUAGAUAAUGAAACACAGGUACUCGUCCUCUCUCAGAAUAUGUUUGUGUCUCUGUCCUGGGCAGCCUACACAAACUUCACACACCUGCAUGAGCUGGACCUGAGCCAAAACCUGAUCAGCACAAUUGAACGAUCAGGACCUGUGCUGAAAAACCUGCAAGUGUUGCGGCUAUCCAAUAACAUGCUGACAAGUUUGGGCAGAGCUACAUUUAACUCCACCCCUUCACUCAUGGAGGUCUAUUUGGAUGGAAACACCAUCAGUUCCAUUGACAAUGCUACUUUCAGUGACCUGCCACUCCUUGAGCUCAUUAACCUUUCAUAUAACAAGCUACACAUCCUGCCCACCCACCUGCUGGAGCACAUUUCCUCCAGCACCCUGAAGGAAAUUAAUCUGGAAGAGAAUUAUAUCCAGCAGAUUCCUGACAAUUUUUUUGCGUCAAAACCAGAAAUACCGUAUAUCUUCCUUUCCAACAAUUCCUGGGUUUGUACCUGCCAGGUAGGUUACCUGAAGCAAUAUCUGUUCAAUCAGAGUGAGAACAUUUACAUACACACAGCACUCUCCGGUGUCACGAGUGACGCUGAGAGUGUGGUGUGUUCUGCUCCGCUCCCACUGCAGGGACGAGCUGUAAUUGACCUGAUGGAGGAGGAGUAUUGUGGUUCAGAUAACGAGUCACAUCACUCCAUCUCUACCACAGCUAAACUGAUGAGUGCACCAACUACGGCACUGACCAGCAUCCCUCCAAAUGCCAGAAAAACAACUACACCAAGUACUGCUGAGUCCAGUACCACUCCUACCCUAACUACAACAACCAAUAAACCAAUGCCUAUUACAACCACUGAACCAACAACACCCAUAAGCACUUUACCAACAUCCAGUCAAACAACUACACCAAAAUCUUCUACACCAACAACCACUGAAAAAACUGCACCAACAACUACACCAAAAUCUUCUACACCAGCAACCACUGAAAAAACUGCACCAACAACUACACCAAAAUCUUCUACACCAGCAACCACUGAAAAAACUGCACCAACAACUACACCAAAAUCUUCUACACCAGCAACCACUGAAAAAACUGCACCAACAACUACACCAAAAUCUUCUACACCAGCAACCACUGAAAAAACUGCACCAACAACUACACCAAAAUCUUCUACACCAGCAACCACUGAAAAAACUGCACCAACAACUACACCAAAAUCUUCUACACCAGCAACCACUGAAAAAACUGCACCAACAACUACACCAAAAUCUUCUACAUCAGCAACCACUGAAAAAACUGCACCAACAACUACACCAAAGACUGCUGAGUCCAGUACUGCUUCUAUUUCAAUUACACUAACAACCAAUAACCCAACAACCUUUAAGGCAGUUACCAUGGUGACACAGCCAGCAGGAGGGGUUCUAUCAGCGCACGGUCAGCGCUCAGUGAUGUGGUGCUGGUGGUUAUUCAUCACUGUUUUGCUGCUGUGUAUUUUCUCUGCCAUUUUCUCCUGCAUGCUUUUACUCUGGCUUGUCAUCAUUUACAUCACACUUUACCAACCAAUCAAAAAGCAAGUCCAAACCGGACAAAGAGUGAGCCUGAGGGUGUACAAGGUCACGGCAGAUGAGUCAGUGGACACAAAUGAGGCAGAGCGAGUGAUGUUUUUACCCCCAGACAUGAUACGAGAAACUCAACCAGUGUUCCGUUCUGUGCUGUUCGUCUCAAAGGGAGCUGCAGAUGGUGAAACGGGUGAGACGAGAGAGGGAACGAGAAAUGAGGAUGAAGAAAAGAAAAUUAGAACUGAUACAGGGACUAAAAUAGACCUGCUGCCGGAAGCAACUCUGCACAGAGAACAAGAGAUGGAGAGCAAUGACAGGGAGGAAGUGUUCAGGAAAACUUUAUACAGGGUGAUAAACCGAGAGGAAGAGAUAGAUGACUGGAAGGAGGUGGAGGAGAACUGCUGGGGGAUGACAGAGAAAGACAAAGGGAGCAAAGAGGGAGGAGUGGAGAGAAAACGGUACAGUCUGAUCCUCAGGGAGGAGAGAGGGAGUGUGGUGGAGGGCAGGAAAGGAGAGAUGGAGUGGCUGGUGGGUGAGUGGGAGAUGAGACGAGGACAGGAAAUCUGGGGAUCUUUGAUUAGGAUGAAAGAAGGGUGUGGUCUUUCUGACUCCACCCACAUGGAUCCAUCUAAGCCAGUGGCAGAAAUAUCAGUCUGAGUUUUAUUCUAAUGACAUCAUCAAAGCUGAUUCAAUGAUUUAUAAUAAGAAGAACAAAUAUAUUUGUAGACAGCUUAGAAGGAUUGUGUGUCUCUCUCUCCCUCUCUCUCUCCCUCUCUCACACCCUCUCUCUCUCUCUCACUCCCUCUCUCUCUCCCUCUCUCACACCCUCUCUCUCCCGCUCACUCCCUCUCUCUCUCCCUCUCUCUCACUCUCUCUCCCUCUCUCUCUCUCUCUCUCUCACUCCCUCUCUCUCCCUCUCUCUCUCUCUCCCUCUCUCUCUCCCUCUCUCUCUCUCACUCCCUCUCUCUCUCCCUCCCUCUCCAGCUCACUCCCUCUCUCUCCCUCUCUCUCUCUCCCUCUCUCUCACUCCCUCUCUCUCUCUCCCUCUCUCUCUCCCUCUCUCUCUCACUCCCUCUCUCUCCCUCUCUCUCACUCCCUCUCUCUCUCCCUCUCUCACUCCCUCUUUCUCUCCCUGUCACUCCCUCUCUCUCUCUCUCCCUCUCCCGCUCACUCCCUCUCUCUCACUCUCUCUCUCCCUUUCUCUCUCUCCCUCUCUCUCUCUCCCUCUCUCUCUCCCUCUCUCUCUCCCUCUCACUCCCUCUCUCUCUCUUUCUCUCCCUCUCUCACUCCCUCUCUCUCUCACUCCCUCUCUCU